AUGGCAGCUGGGUUGUUUCGAGCAGAGAUGUCAAUGUUAUCCUCUACAUUGGCGCGUUCUUAUUCGAUUCCCUUCCGCAAAACUCUAACAAUCUUCGAUUUUCGAAUUGCAAUGGCACGAAAUCCUUUUCCCAGAAUUCGACGUUUCCGUGUUUCUGCUUUCAGCUCGUCUCCUUCGCAUUCACCAAGUUUUCCAAUUCCAGGUCUAGAGGAUGUUUUCGUUGGUUAUCUAUUUGGGAGGAAGAAGGCAACAGAAGUAGCUCAUGUUGUGUGGGAACAGGUGAUCCAAAAGGGUGAUAUGGUCGUUGAUGCUACAUGUGGAAAUGGGAACGAUACUUUAGCAAUGUUGAAGAUGGUUAGGGAUGAUUCCGAUGGUUGUGGUGGCCAUGUCUAUGCAAUGGACAUUCAGAAAGAUGCCAUUGAGAGCACUUCCUCUUUGUUUGAUCAAACCGUUGGUUCAAAAGAGAAGGAAUGCGUCAAACUGUUUAACGUCUGUCAUAGUAAGAUGGAAGAAAUUGUCCCUGAGAACACCCGUGUGAGGAUGGUUGCAUUCAAUCUGGGGUAUCUUCCAGGUGGAAACAAGUCGAUAAUCACUGUCUCGGAUACAACAUUAUCGGCAUUGAAAGCUGCGGAGAGAAUCUUAAUGCCUGGUGGCCUCAUCAGCUUGGUGGUUUACAUUGGUCAUCCUGGUGGAAGGGAAGAGUUAGAAGUGGUUGAAGCUUUUGGAUCGCUUUUACCAGUCAGUGAUUGGGUUUGCUGCAAAAUCCAAAUGUUGAACCGACCGUUAGCACCGGUUCUUGUUUUCAUGUUCAAAAGAGAGAACUGA